UUCAUAACUGAUUUAUGCACCGCACAUAAAAUCAAGUUUACCAAUGUUUCGUACAACGUGCUUUACGUGUACUACACAACUGUAGUUGUUGUGAAAAUUGUGAAGCAAAAGCGAUUACAAUAAUGUCUUAUUCUGCGUUGAAGGCGUAUAGGAUUGAAUAAGAGUUGCUAUAGCACGUCUAACUACGUCGCAUGGGUUGCUGUUGCCUUCAGAAGCCGCAGCGUUAAAUUUUGGUCGCCCUUAAUAUAGGAGGAAGUUAAGAAAUAUGGCAUCGCCUUCGCCGGCGAACAGUCCCAUGCCGCCACCGCAAGCACCGAGCCCUAUGGCACCACCAUCCCAAAGUCCUGCGCCCUCGCCUCAUAGUCCAUACCCCCAUCAGCAGCCAGGCCCACCACAGGGUCCACAAGGGCCACCUGGUGGACCGCAUAUGCAAGGACCACCACCGCCCGGACAUCCCGGACCGUAUGGGCAUCCUAUGCAACAUGGCCCGCCUGGUCAGGGUCCACCUGGUCAUCAUAUGCCGCCCCAUCACCAAGGAAUGAGUAUGUGGUUGUCUACUUCAAGCUUUAUUUCCAACUAUAAUCGAACUCUUUCAUGUACAGAUCCACAUAUGGGCAUGCAGAUGCCGCCAACUGGUCCAAAUAUGUCACCAAUUGGUUAUCAAACCCACGGCAUGCCUCCCAACGGACCGCAACAGCCCGGUCAAGUGCCACCUGGCCCGCCUGUGCCGCCCGAGCGUUCCGGUCAGGAGAAUCUUCAUGCGUUGCAGCGCGCCAUUGACUCGAUGGAGGAGAAGGGUAUGCAGGAGGAUCCACGUUACUCCCAGCUAUUGGCCAUGCGCGCCACCUCCAAGCAUCAGCAUCUCAAUGGCAAUCAGGUGAACAUGCUGCGCACCCAGAUCACUGCAUAUCGUCUGUUGGCGCGCAACAAACCGAUUUCCAUGCAAAUGCAACAGGCGCUGCAGGCGGCGCAGCAGCAACAACCACCCAUUGGACCACCGGGCAUGCCGGGUGUACCGCCGGGAGUACAGCACGGUGGUCAGCCACCGGUGCAGCCUCAGCAGCCGCCGUCAACGGGCACUCCACCACAAUGCUCAACGCCACCGGCCAGCCCCUACGGUCAGCCGGUACCCGGCCAGAAAUUGCAGCCACCGCCACCACACAUGCAGGGUCAACCACUGCCCGCUCAGCUUCCGGGACAGCAACAACCGCAACCGCCGGGUAUGCCGCCUGUGGUGGGUGUUCCCCUACCUCAACAGCAGCCGCCGGUAGAGCUGCAACAUCAGUUGCCAAAUGGUGGAAAGCCCUUGGCCAUGGGUGCCGCCGGUGGUCAGCCCUUGAUAGCCACGCCCAUGCAAGCGCAAGGUGUGCGAGCAGUGAAUGCAGCGCCGACACUACCCGGCUUGCCAGGCAAUCAGGUAGCGCCUGGCAUGCCACCAGCUCCACGACCCGGAGCACCUCCCGGCCAGCAACAGCCCAUGGCAAAGCCUAAUCGCGUUACCACAGUGGCCAAACCCGCUGGUCUGGAUCCCAUUACGUUGCUGCAGGAGCGCGAGAAUCGCAUUGCGGCGCGCAUUUCGCUGCGUAUGCAGGAACUUCAGCGGCUGCCAGCUACCAUGUCGGAGGAUCUGCGGCUGCAGGCGGCAAUCGAGCUGCGAGCGUUGCGAGUCCUAAACUUCCAACGGCAGCUGCGCAUGGAGAUCGUGCAAUGCACGCGACGGGACACGACGCUAGAGACCGCUGUUAAUAUGAAGGCCUACAAGCGUACCAAACGCCAGGGACUGCGUGAAGCUCGUGCCACCGAGAAGCUGGAAAAGCAGCAGAAACUCGAAGCGGAACGUAAGCGGCGUCAGAAGCAUCUGGAGUUCUUGGCCGCCGUGCUGCAGCAUGGCAAAGAUCUUCGCGAGUUCCAUAGAAAUAACAAGCUGCAAUUGGGACGCAUGAACAAGGCGGUGAUGAAUUACCAUGCGAAUGCAGAGCGUGAACAAAAGAAGGAACAGGAACGAAUUGAGAAGGAGCGUAUGCGGCGUUUAAUGGCCGAGGAUGAGGAGGGUUAUCGCAAGCUUAUUGAUCAGAAAAAGGAUAAGCGCCUGGCGUUCUUGCUCUCGCAGACGGACGAGUAUAUUAGCAACCUCACACAGAUGGUUAAACAGCACAAGGACGAUCAGAUGAAAAAGAAGGAGGAGGAGGGCAAGCGGCUACUGCAGUACAAGAAGGAGCUGCUACUGAGCGGGGAAUACGUAAACAUCGAUGAUGGCUGCAUUGCGGCCGAUAUGCGUGUCCAUGUGGUGGAACAGUGCAGCGGCAAGAAGCUAACUGGUGACGAUGCACCUAUGCUAAAGCACUUGCAUCGCUGGCUGGACAUCCACCCUGGCUGGGAUUGGAUAGACGACGAGGACGAUGGCGAAGAUGCUUCCGGAAAGGAGAAAUUACGUGGUCUCGAGAAGGAGGAACAGAAUGAGCGUAAAUCAGAUACAGAGACAUCGCAGGAGGCUGAUGUGGAAGAGAAGGAUCUAAUUAAGAGCGCCAAGGUGGAGGAUGAUGAAUACCGUACCGAAGAGCAAACUUACUACAGCAUUGCGCACACCAUACAUGAGAAGGUAACCGAGCAGGCGAGCAUUAUGGUCAACGGACAGCUGAAGGAGUACCAGCUGAAGGGUCUAGAGUGGCUCGUUUCGCUGUAUAACAACAACUUGAAUGGUAUUCUGGCCGAUGAGAUGGGUCUGGGUAAGACCAUACAGACCAUAUCUUUGGUUACCUAUCUAAUGGAUCGCAAAAAGGUCAUGGGCCCAUUUUUAAUUAUUGUGCCACUCUCCACGCUGCCCAAUUGGGUGUUGGAAUUUGAGAAAUGGGCACCCGCAGUGGGCGUGGUCAGUUACAAGGGCAGUCCACAGGGUCGCCGCCUGCUCCAAAAUCAAAUGCGUGCUACCAAAUUCAAUGUACUGCUGACUACCUACGAAUAUGUCAUCAAGGAUAAGUCCGUUCUGGCCAAGAUACAAUGGAAGUACAUGAUCAUCGAUGAGGGUCAUCGCAUGAAGAAUCACCACUGCAAGCUAACGCAGGUGCUAAACACACACUACAUUGCGCCCUAUCGUCUGCUGCUAACGGGUACUCCGCUACAGAACAAGCUGCCGGAGCUGUGGGCUCUGCUUAAUUUCUUGCUACCAUCCAUCUUUAAGUCUUGUUCCACCUUUGAACAAUGGUUUAAUGCCCCAUUCGCCACCACUGGCGAGAAAGUCGAGCUGAACGAGGAGGAGACCAUUUUGAUUAUUCGUCGUUUACAUAAGGUGCUGCGUCCCUUCCUGCUUCGCCGUCUCAAGAAGGAGGUGGAGCACCAGCUUCCCGACAAGGUCGAGUACAUUAUCAAGUGCGAUAUGUCUGCUCUGCAGCGAGUUCUUUACAAACACAUGCAAAGCAAGGGGGUGCUGCUAACCGAUGGCUCGGAGAAGGGCAAGCAUGGAAAAGGUGGCGCCAAGGCUCUAAUGAACACAAUUGUCCAGCUGAGGAAGCUCUGCAAUCAUCCCUUCAUGUUCCAGCAUAUCGAGGAGAAGUACUGUGAUCAUACGGGUGGACACGGUGUCGUUUCUGGACCUGAUCUCUAUCGUGUCUCUGGAAAAUUCGAGCUGCUCGAUCGCAUUUUGCCUAAGCUUAAGGCCACCAAUCAUCGUGUACUUCUUUUCUGUCAAAUGACUCAAUGCAUGACCAUUAUUGAGGACUAUCUUAGUUGGCGGCAGUUUGGCUAUUUACGUUUGGACGGCACCACAAAAGCGGAGGAUCGUGGCGAGCUACUCCGAAAGUUUAACGCCAAGGGCUCUGACUACUUUGUCUUUUUGCUAUCCACACGUGCCGGCGGUCUCGGCUUGAAUUUGCAAACUGCCGACACAGUUGUUAUAUUCGAUUCGGAUUGGAAUCCCCAUCAGGAUUUGCAGGCACAGGAUCGUGCACAUCGUAUUGGUCAGCGCAAUGAAGUGCGUGUCCUGCGCUUAAUGACGGUCAAUUCCGUUGAAGAGCGUAUUCUAGCCGCAGCGCGUUACAAGCUCAACAUGGACGAGAAGGUCAUCCAGGCGGGCAUGUUUGAUCAAAAGUCGACGGGCAGCGAACGUCAACAAUUCUUGCAAACUAUUCUGCACCAGGACGACAACGAAGAGGAGGAGGAGAAUGAAGUGCCCGAUGAUGAGAUGAUUAACAUGAUGAUAGCACGCAGCGAAGAGGAAAUUGAAAUAUUUAAGAAAAUGGAUGUGGAGCGCAAGAAAGAGGACGAGGAAAUUCAUCCGGGCAGGGAGCGUCUUAUUGACGAGUCAGAGCUGCCCGACUGGUUGACCAAGGACGAUGAUGAGGUUGAACGUUUCCAUUACCAAUACGACGAGGAUACUAUCUUGGGCCGCGGCUCGCGUCAGCGCAAGGAAGUGGACUACACGGACAGUCUGACUGAAAAGGAGUGGCUGAAGGCGAUCGACGACGGCGCGGAAUUCGAUGAGGAGGAGGAGGAAGAGGACUCCAAACGAAAACGGCGCAAGCGCAAGAAUCGGAAAGAGGAAUCUGAUGACGAUUCUGUAAUUCUUAAACGACGUCGUCGCCAAAACAUUGAUAAGCGAUCUAAAAAGCAAAUGAACAAGAUUAUGAGCGCUGUCAUUAAGCACACACAGGACGGUCGCAUCCUCUCCGAGCCGUUCAUGAAGCUACCCUCGCGACAGCGUUUGCCCGACUAUUAUGAGAUAAUCAAACGACCAGUGGACAUCAAGAAAAUAUUGCAACGCAUAGAGGACUGCAAAUAUGGAGAUUUGAAUGAGUUGGAAAAGGAUUUCAUGCAGUUGUGCCAAAAUGCCCAAAUUUACAAUGAGGAGGCCUCCCUCAUUUACAUGGAUUCUAUUGCAUUGCAAAAAGUAUUCGUAGGCGCACGACAACGCAUUACCGUGGCAGCGGCUGCGGCGCAAGAGGCAGCUGGAGACAACACGGGAGAAGGUCAUGGAUCGGAUAAUUCCGAAAAUGAGGAGGAUGAGGGCGAAGAGGGCUCGGAUGAUGAAGAAAUGGCGACGACUUCGGCCUCAGCCGUUAAGAUGAAACUUAAGCUAAACAAGUCAGUGGCCAGCGCACCUUCUACGCCCACUCAAACGUCAGCGGCAGCACCAAGCGGCGCUGCUACCACCUCCAAAAAGCAGACGCGCCGAAAACGUUCCCAGAAGAAGUACACUAUAUCCGAUGAUGAUGACGAUGACAUGGACUAGCUGCCAUUGGGAGUGAUCUUCAAGCGUGUCACGACCACGACGGACGGUGCAGACAGCGAUGCUUCAAAAUUAAGUUAGACAUUCAUUUCAUAAAUGCGCUUGAGUUAUAAUUGUACGUUUUCCCCAUUUGUUCUUACGUCCUUCCCUUCCCAUUUCUGUAUUUCAAAAUUGGUCUACCAAAGAGAAAUUAUGGUAAGGGAGGGAUAUUGAAAGCUUAGAUAAAAAUGUUGUCUAACCUUUUAAGUAACCCUCCCUUGACCUUCCCUUCUCUUGGGUAUUUUAUAAGUAAUGUAAUGCAUAUAUAUACAUACAUACAUAUAUUUAACUAAACUCUACAUACUUUUAAAUAAAUGCAUAC